UUCUGAAUUAUGAUAUGGUAGUUUAUCUGAAUAAGAGUACCCUCUUGUAUGUUCUCUGAUAUUGUUAUGGGUGGCAGGCAGAACCUCAUUCUUUGCCUCAGAGUAGCAAAUGGGGCUCUGUCUGGGUGCCUGGAGGCCCUGGAGAACUCUUAUUCAGAUAAAGAUGAGGUUUGGUUGUACUGUUGUAGAAAUACUUUGCCAUGAGCCUCCACUCAUAUUUGGCCAUGCGCUAACAAGCUCCCUGCAAACCUUGAGCUCUAACCAUCCCCUCCCUCUAAGCAUCCACCCCAGCACCUCAUCAGCCUCACCGCUGCCUGAAACCUUCUUGGCGCCGUCGAGCUCAUCCCUAGCCACCACAAGGCCUCGAGCGUUUUCACAUGAAGUCACUACCGUUAAAGCUUGUCGUCGGUCGCUGCCCACAAGCUCUCACCUCGUUUAUCACCGUCCAUGAGUCGUUCAAGGGAAGAAGAGGAUGAGAAGGAUAAAAAAGAGGAGGGAAAAAGUCCAAAUACCCCCCCCCUCCCCUGCCCCGAACUUUGAAACCGGAUAUUCAACCUUCCCUAAACUUUACAGUACCAUUUAUAUAACCCCUAAGGUGGUUUGCAUAGUUGUUUUUAUCUAAUUUAUAUAUAUAUUGGAUGCGUUUGAUCACGUGACAUACACAUUGGACAUAUAUAUUAAAAUCUCCACCUGAAUCUUUCUUUUCACCCCUUGUUAGCUCUCACUUACAAACAACUACCAAUAUAUUAAUAGUAUGAUAUCAAUGUAUAAGUAUAAAUUGAUGACUUACAACCGACGAUAUGCAAAUAUGUUAUAUUAGUUAUUCAAAGUUAUUCGUUUAAGCUUUCAAAAUAUACAAAACCACAAUCUAAAACCAUCUUAGGGCUAAUAUGAAUGGUAUCGCAAAGUUUAUGGGGUUGAAUGUCCGAUGUUAAAGUUCAGGGUGCUAGAUAGACUUUCAUCUCAAGUUUUUAUUUAUUUAUUUGUGGUGGGGGGGGGGGGGGUUAGUGCCCAUGUGAUGGGCCAUAUCAAAUUUACGACUGGCAAUAAUACAUUCUGCAAGUUUAUGGAUUUAAAUAUGUAUGGCAUGUUUGGUAGAGCUCCAUCUCCUAAAUUUAUCUUAGGAGUUGGGUUUAAAGUGUAGUUGUAGAGUAGCCUAAACCCACCUCUAUCUCUUUACUUUAGUUUAUUUUGUGAAAGCACUUCGCCCAGCUCCGUUCCCAUUUUAGAUGAAGUUAAAACUGUUUGGCUGAGCUCCAACUCUAGAAGAGGUGCAGUUUGAGCUAGAGUUGUGCCAAACAAGCAUGUAGUUUCAAGUUUUUAGUUUAGGUUCGCCCUUGCAUUUUAAAUUGCAACGAUUGCUCAGAUUGGGAACUCCGCGAGGAGCCCAAGAUCUGGCUAAAGGCUGAGCCGGAAUUGGGAGUACUGAAAAAUUGGGAGCUGGUUUAGGCAUACGUUGGCGACAUGGUUUUAGACCAAAUUCCUAAAAUUUAUCCUUUGGGAUUGGUAUUAGCAUAUUAGAAAGCUAUUGGAGAUGCUCUUACUUGGUCACUCCCUUUUUGUUAUCUGAUUUAGACGUACAUACUCACGUUUAGGCAUCGAAACAUUAGGGCAUAUUUGGUACAGCUCCAACUCCUAAAUAUAACUCCAGGAGUUGAGUCUGGAGUGAAGUUGUGGAGCUGCCUAGACACAGCUCUACAACUCUAGUACAUUUUGUGAGAGAGCUCCACCCAACUCCACUUCCAAUUUUGGUGGAGCUGAAAUUGUUUGGCUGAGCUCCAGCUCCAGGAGAGGUGGAGCUGGAGCUGUAGCUGUGCCAAACAGGCCCUUAGAAGGGCUGAUGUUGCCCCAGCCUGGCAGCAUCGACUACCCAAGCCCACUCCCACUGUCGCACAAAGCGCCCCACCCAUACCCAAGCUUCCCGCUAAUGUAGGCUCGACGUGUCACUCAAACCACCACACAGUGCGCUCCACAGGCCGGCGAGGUCGGGGAGGUGGGUGCACAGUGCCCUGCGAGAUGGCGGCGACCGCGCUGCUGCGGCGCGCCCGGUGGGCGCUGGUCGACCACCCCGCCGUCGCCUCCUUCCGGUGGGAGCCCGGCCGCACGCCCGCCUCGACCCCGUCCUUCGCCGCCGCCGUCAUCUGCGCCUACCUCGCCACGGUGUUCCUCCUCCACCGCCGCGUGGUCCCGCUCCCGUCGCCGCACCCGCGCGCGCUCCGUGCGGUCUCCGCGCUCCACAGCGCGGUCCUCCUGGCGCUCUCCGCCGCCAUGGCCGCCGGGUGCGUGCUCUCCGUGGCCGCCACGGCGCCCUCCGCGUGGUGGGCCUUCUGCUUCCCUCCCGGCGGCGCCACGGCGGCGUCGGGCCCGGUCUUCUUCUGGGCGCACGUGUUCUACCUCUCCAAGGUGUACGAGCUCGGCGACACGCUGCUCAUCCUCCUCGGCCGCCGCCCGCUGACGCUGCUCCACGUCUACCACCACGCCGCCGUCAUCGCCAUGUGCUACCUCUGGCUCGCCACGAGGCAGUCGCUGAUGCCCAUCGCGCUCGCCACCAACGCCGCCGUGCACGUCGCCAUGUACGGCUACUACCUCUGCUGCAGCCUCGGCCUCCGGUGGCCGCCGCGGUGGAAGCGCGCCGUCACGGAGCUGCAGAUCGCGCAGUUCCUCUUCAGCUUCGCGGCGUCGGCGGUGAUGCUGUGGCGGCACUUCGCCGCCGGCGGGUGCGAGGGGAUGGCCGGGUGGGCGUUCAACGCCGUCUUCAACGCGUCGCUGCUCGCGCUCUUCCUCGACUUCCACGGCGCCGCCUACGCCGCCGCCAAGGGCAAGAAGAGCAGAAGCGAGGUGGUUAAAGAAGAGUAAUGAGGUGAUUAAUAAUCAGAAUGCAAGAAAUGUGAUAAUCUGUGGGUCUCCGUUUUCCUCUAAUUUAUUGGUUUCCUUUUUUUUUACAUCAUGAUUUCAUUGUGUUACCAAACAAGACGUUAUUGUGCGAUAAUCUUGCUUGUCAUCUGGGAUCGAUUUCUCUGCUGUCUGCUCGGUGGAGUAAUUUCAGCAUGAACUUGAAAACAAGAAGAGUGAUGAACUUGAUAUCGAUUAAAAA